UGUUCUAAGAAUUCCAGUGGUAUCAUACCAAUAAUAGUACCGAUUGCAGUUUGUGAUUAAGAAAAAGAAAGGUGAAUCGGCAUGUCGGAAAGUUUUUCUAUCUAAGAUAUUGUUUUGCAGCAUUACGGCUAAACCUUUUUUUCGGCCAAGUGUUGUUACGAAAAUAAUUGACAUCCAUUAUGGAUAGCAAUCCCUGUAGUAGUAAUUUUUCUGUUCAAACUUUGUCUAAACGAGACGGGAAUGAUCAAGAUCCGGAUUACAAUGAAGCUGCCGCCCCAGAUAGGAAACGAUUGAAGCAUUUGGAGGAAAAUGCAAAAACACGAUUAGGAGAACGUGUUAAACAUAUAUUGACGAAUCAUUUUGAAUCUGAAGGAAACCGGCAACAUGCUGAAAUUGUAGAAAUUGAUAAAUCUAUUUCUAGAGUGCAACAAAAGUUACAAAUAUUAAGAUACAUUGCCAAUCGGUCAUUUUUUUCUGCCAAAACUUUGCAAAUUAGUGGCACAUCAUUGACAUCUCAGAGUACUAUUCACCCAACUUUAAAAAAUAUGCUUGGCAAAAGACCAACCAAAACAUUAUUUGAAUGUGCAAAUAUUUCUCCAUCUGUUGAAUCAGCUGAAGGACUUAAAGGAAAUCAAGGGAAUCUUUCCACUAGUGAAAGCAUUAAAGUUCCUAGAUACAUUCCUCCAAAACUUCCUGAAAGAAUUGUUGCAACCCCAGUUCGUGGAGAGCUUCACUGUAUAAAGAAAAAGCUCAUCAUAGGAAAUAUAUCCAGAUGGAUUCCCGUUUCCGAAAGAGACGACACGGCAAGCCAUAAAUGGAUGGUUUAUGUCCGAGGUCCUAAGGAAGAACCAAAUGUAUCGUCCUUUAUAAGCCAAGUCAUUUUUUUCCUUCAUCCUAGUUAUGCACCGCAUGAUACUAUACAUGUACUGUCUCAUCCAUUUCAUGUAACGCGUCGUGGAUGGGGGGAAUUCCCUUUACGAAUUCAAGUCCAUUUUCACAAUCCUCUUUGCAAACCAGUAAACAUAAUUCAUAAUCUCAAACUGGAUCGAAGCUACAGUGGACUUCAAACUUUGGGAGCAGAAACGAUUGUCGAUGUAAUGAUUUUUGAUUCAAAAAUUGAUCGUUCGUCUUUCUCAGCCGUAGAUGAAGAUACCGCUAACGACGUAGAAAAAAAAGAAAAAUCCGCAUCGAAAUUGGAUAAUAUUUCCGUCCUUGCAAGCGAAGAUGGGGUUAAUGUCGAAACAUACGAUCCAAACAAGCCUUUCGGUAGUCCUCCUCAAUAUUCAGAAGCUACUAAUGCCGCAACGCCCCAAUGUAAUCACCCAUCUGAAAUCAGUACUCGGAGUUCAGAAUGUGACGACGACGAAAUUGGCUGCUCGUUGGUGGAGAGUAAUGGUUUUUCGAAAGUUGAUUUAUUAACAGACAUGCCGAACAAAACUUCACAAAGUGAAAUGCCUCAAGCCUGGGAUAACAACGUCGUUGAUCGAGAUCACGAUUACUUCAUAACAGGAAGUGAUACGCGUAGAGAAAAUGAAACCAUGGCAAUUGACAGUAGUGUAUUGGUGUUACCAAAACAGGAUAGAAACGCCGAGGAAUUCAGCAAACAAUUUCCUAGUUUAGCAUCAACUUCUUGUUCAGCAACGCACACGGGCAAAGUUUCAGCGACACCUGAUCCUGCGGUUAAACCUGUAUUGGUUCGUUGUUUUAACAAAAACGGAAAAACUUUCAAACUCCCAUUGGCCCUACUUCGAAAUGCCUUUAUUUUGCAACCGUAUCGUCUUGCGAAAGCUGGGGAGUCGUUGUUACGCUCUACCAUUUCGAAUUCGGCAAUAACUACUGAUUUGCCUGCUGAAAUUGUGCAACCAGUCCUCGGAAAAGUUAUCUCUGCGACACCAAGAUCUCAAAUAAUACCAAAAGUUGAUCCAAAUCGGCGAGACAGAAUCGGCCUUGAAACGAAAUUCAAUAAUGAAAGAAAGAGUUGUGAAGCGUUUUUUGACCAAAUUUGCACUUCAGCGUGGAGCAGCGUUCGAGAUUGUGUUCGGGUAUUGGCUCGAAAACUUAGUUUGAUCAGUCCUAAGGCUGAAGAUCCUGUUUAUCGUUCUCUGCAUCCUUACACAUCGCCAUCAUUAGAAAUCUUCAUUUCUUGGAAUGUUGGGAAACGACGAAGUGCUGAAUGGACGAGGGCCAAACUUAUACGCCGAACACUAUUAAAAUGCAGCUUUGCAAGUGACGAAAAUACUUGGACCACGAAGGUCAUAAUGAACUGGUGCAGAAGACAAGGGUAUUCUCCCAUGUGUUGCUGGUCACAGACUUCAAGCACUUUCACCAAGUGUCAGCCCUUUGUUCCCCCAGCAUUGUCACCCGAUGAAAUUGUCACUCUCAGCAAGACGCAGUUCGACAAUUCACAAUUGUCGUCCGAAGAUGAAGUAACUGUUGAAGUAGAAUCUUUGAUAGAGCUUGAUGGUGCUUCUUCCUCUACGACGCAUUUUCCCAAAGCUUCGUUUUUGUUAAAUGAUCCUGAUCCGCGUUUGACAUCAUGGAUUGUAGAUUCCAUCGAAAAACAUGGAUUUAAACUGGGAUCUGAUUUGUGCGAAGAUUUUCUCAUUCCAUUGUCACGUGUGCUAUUGUCUCAUAUUUGGAGAGAAGUAGCCGAAGAUUUACUGCGACGAUCUUUAAGUCAAACUUGGCAACGAACACGGGGUGCCAUACCAGAUGAGAUAUCAUUGAUUGAUACCUAUACCGCAAUCAGUCACCGUCCGCAAUUUGAUAUCCUAACUAACGUUGGUUUGGCGACGGUAGACCACAACGAUCAUCAAUCGAACCUAGCGACGUAGUUUCAACUGUGCACAUUUUCUCCUUUACCCGAUGUGAAAAUACAGCAAAGAAAAUU